GGCUCUUAGCCUUUGGCAUCUUUUGUGCGUUCCACGCGUGCCAACGAGCUGCCGUGAUGUGUGAUGUCAAGCGACUCUGCAGCCAUUGAUUCUUAUAAGUGCCUCGCGGCCGCUUCUGCGAGUUCAGGAGCAGGUGCUGAUGGAGCCCAAGGCCAAGAAGGCUCGGAUUCUCUCCAGUGAUGUGAAGGCCCCGAAGCUGGUGAAGGUGGCCACGUGCAACUUGAACCAAUGGGCAAUGGACUUCAAAGGUAACCUUCACCGCAUCAAGGAGUCCAUCAAGGAGGCCAAAGCACAGGGCUGCACCUUCCGUACGGGGCCGGAGCUGGAGAUCACUGGGUACACUUGUGAGGACUGGUUCCUGGAGAAUGACACGUUCUUGCAUUCCUGGUCGUCCAUGGCUGACAUCCUCAGAAGCAAGAUCACGGAUGGCAUCCUUUGCGACAUUGGCAUGGCAGUGAUGCACCGGAAUGUGCCCUACAAUUGUCGGGUGUGGGUCGUCAACAGCAAGAUUGUCGGGAUCCGGCCAAAGAUCUACCUGGCCAAUGAUGGCAAUUACAGGGAGAUGCGCUGGUUCACUCCUUGGUACAUUGACCCCAGCAAAGCAGGCUUUGGGGAGCUCGAGGAGUACUUCUUGCCCCGGGAGAUCGGGGAAAUCACGGGUCAGUCCAAGGUGCCUUUCGGAAUCUUCGCCGUGUCCACCAAGGACACCUGCCUAGCCACCGAGACUUGCGAGGAGUUGUUCACCCCGGAUGCCCCCCACAUCAAGCUCUCGCUGGAUGGUGUGGAGAUUAUCGCCAACGGAUCCGGCAGCCACCAUCAGCUGAGGAAGCUGGACAAGCGGAUCGACUUGGUCAGGGGUGCCACUUCCAAGAGCGGCGGAGUGUACCUGUACGCCAACGUCAAGGGUGGCGAUGGAGGUCGACUCUACUACGAUGGCUGCUGCAUGGUUUGGAGCAAUGGGAAGCUCUUGGCACAGGGGACCCAGUUCGGCAUGCUGGAUGAGAUCGAGGUAGUGGUGGCCACCGUGAACCUGAACGACGUGAGGUCCAUGCGCUCCAACUUCAUUGCCAGGUCCUACCAGGCUUCCUCCACCCCCACGGUGCCCCGGGUGGAGGUGGAUUUCAGCUGCGGCCACCCUGAGCCUUUGUCCAUCAGCGAGUCGCAGCCCAUCCAGCCCUACAUCUGCGGCCCGAUGGAGGAGAUCGCGUAUGGACCAUCUGCAUGGCUUUGGGACUACCUGCGCCGCUCGGGGCAGCGGGGCUACUUCCUGCCGCUCUCCGGCGGGGCGGACUCCUCCUCUACCGCGGCGCUGGUGGGCAUCAUGUGCCAGCGUGUUUUCCAGGAGCUGACCGAAGGAACAGAGAGGUCCAAGGCGAUGACCCUGGCGGAGAUCAGGAAGGUCACGCGCCGGCCCUUCUACACCCCCCCGUCCUGGCAGGAUUUGUGUGGGAAGAUCUUCGUGACCUGCUACAUGGCAUCAGAGCACAGCGGCUCGGAGACUAGGACAAGAGCCAAAAACUUGGCUCAGCAGAUCGGUGCCAACCACACCUCCAUAGCAAUUCGACCAAUGACGGAUGCCAUCGUCAAGGUCUUUCAGCAGUGCAACUUCGAAGGCACCAAGAUCGACCGAUCCAAGGUGAAAUCUGAUGCCGUCUGGAAUGCCAGCGGGACUGAAGACAUUGCCUUGCAGAACAUCCAAGCCAGGAGUCGUAUGGUGAUGGCCUACUUUAUGUCGCAGCUCAUGCCCUGGGCCACUGACCAGGCCAUGGAAGGGGAUGCGGGACCCGGGUGGGGCUCCCUGCUGGUGCUCGGCUCCGCCAACGUGGACGAAGCCUUGCGGGGCUACUACACCAAGUAUGACUGCAGCGCCGCCGAUAUCAACCCCAUCGGUGGCAUCAACAAGCGAGAUCUCAAAGCGUUCCUCAUUUGGGCCUCGAAGGAGAGGGGCAUCGGGGAACUGGAGCGCGUGGCCAACGCGGUGCCCACUGCUGAGCUGCGGCCGGACAAGAUAGAAGAUGGCAAGAAGGUGGAGGAGCAAAGUGAUGAGAAAGACAUGGGCAUGUCUUACGAUGAGCUUGGCGAUCUGGGGCACUUGCGGAAGGUGGAGAAGUGCGGGCCGCUGUCCACCUUCUUAAAGCUGCGCCAGCUUUGGGCUCACAAGACUGCUGACUGGACCGGCCCACAGGACAACAACAAGGCCAUCACGCCCUCCAUCCGCGUCAAGGUGCAACCCAAGACCUUCGAUGAGAAGGUGGCCCAGAAGGUGAAAGAUUUCUUUUUCUACAACGCCAUCAACCGACAUAAAAUGACGACCCUGACGCCGUCGUACCACGCAGAGAACUACUCACCAGACGACAACCGUUUCGACCUACGGCCCUUCCUCUUCCCCGCCACGUUUGAUGCCCAGUUCGAGGCCAUCGAUGCGGUGGUGAAGGCUUGCCAGGGCUGAGCAGGCGCGCGAGUUGUUGAGCGCGUGAAUGGUGGAGGGAUCUCUGCCUGGAAGCCCGUGUUUGGGGCGCAUGCGCCAUAUGGAGGUGAGCUGCAAGUUGGGUAUGGGCAACUUUGGCUUGGCCAAAAGCAAC